UCACUUGGUAACUUUCCUGAAAAUACGGUUACUGAUCCCGUGAAAAACGAAAACAAAAUUAAAAAUCCAAGCAAAAAAAUUACCCACCGAAUCGAAAAUUCCAUAAUCAAAAUGCACGAAUUCCUUGCUUCUCAAAUCUCAUCAUGAAAUUCCAGGACGAGAAAUAAAUUUUGGUUGACGAAUUGGAGUGGUCCGUUGGAUUUUUUUGACCAACGGAUGCGAACAACAACAAUGAAGGAGUCGUUAGAUAGAUCAGAGUUGCGGAGAAUGCAAAGAGAGCAAGAGCGCGAACGACGUCGUAUCAGGGACAGGCAGAGAAGGCAGUCCAUGACGGUGGAACAGAGAGAACGACAUCUGGCUCGGCGUCGUAGGAACUAUCAGCUCAGAAGACUGAGAGCUGAAAAUGCCAAGGUGGAUUUCCAAUCUAAUCAAAUCAGCAAUGAACAACAUGAAGCAGUGAGUGAUGUUCAAGAAGUUACUCAGGGUGAAAACUUGAGCAUGCAGCCUUUGCAGUACUCCGAGUGUUUGGAUGGUGUGGCUUGUAAAGGUUCUAAUUUGAACGUCCAACGGUUGCGGUUGAGUCAUGUAAGGCGGCUUGCACGAUCGGGGAGUCGUUUAGGGUGUGAGGUUAUUGCUGAUCACCAAAUUGGAGGAGAGGUGGUAGUAAAGGGUGAUGCCAAUAAUACGUCUUGUUUCCAAAUUGGAGAUUUUGAUUCUGGUAGAUUGCCAAAUGGACUACGUUUGAAUCGUGUUAAGCGGCUUGCACGGGCAAUAAAUACUGCUUCGAAUGAGGCUUCUGUUAAUGGUCAAGUAAUAGGAAAAAACAUGAUGGAUCAGAAUCAUUCCCAGGGAGAAAGUCAAGGGAUUAGUAAUGACAGCUCUAAUUUGGACAAACUAUCGCUUGCAGAGGUGAAGUUGAAGGACCUAACAUGGACGGAUAAACACCCAGCAUGGGCUAAUGUUGAGAGUUAACCUUGGCUGCAAAUGGCAAAUGGAUGUCUUGUAGCUCUUCUUUACAGGUUUUUGAUUACAGACUUUAUAUUUGAAGAUUGCAAAGCGGAGAAAGCUUACAGAAUGAGGAGAGCUUCCCAGAAAAAUUGCUGAUCUGACCACUCUUUUCGAGUUGCAUGUAGUUGGCAAAGCCGUGAACUAGAGCUAUCGUUCAGUGCUCCACUGCAGGCAGAUUUUGGACUAGGAGAAAGGAAAAUAUUUAUAAGGGCCUUGAACAGGACUAUACAUGUAGACAGAUUCUGAAGGAACUCAUUAUACAAAUUUAAUUGCAAGCAAAUUUUUUUGAGGUUUUUGUUUUGGAUUGCUGAUUUCUUUUUGUAGAUUAUUUCCAAAUGUUCCGUGGCCCGUUUUCGGAUCAG